CAGGUCUCGCCUAUGUAUUUCUCUCUCUGCCUCUCUCUCUCUCUCUCUCCUUCUGCUUCCUGCUCCUUCAGCUCCUCAAGCUCCAAAGUUUCGACAAAAGACGAAGCUUUCUCUCUCUUCCGACCAUUUCCGGCCCAAUGUCUUCGUCACCGGAAUCUCCAUCCUCAGACCCAUCGAAUCUCUCCAUAACCACCGCCUAAGCUCUGCCCCCAUUGGACCGCCUCGUUUCCUCGUCGGCGCAGCUCAGGCAGGAUAGAUAUGGUCGGAAAUGGGAAGCGCAGGUGGGUCCUCCCCUUUACCCGCUCCGGCUCAUCGAAAUGCGACCCGAAACCAAACCUUGAGGACCCGCCCCGGGAGUUAAUCUGCCCGAUCCUCGGGUCCCUGAUGUCGGACCCCGUCGUGGUCUCCUCCGGUCAGAGCUUCGAGCGGGUGGCCGUACAAGCUUGCCGGGACCUCGGCUUCUCCCCGGCCCUCGACGACGGGUCCCGCCCCGACUUCUCCGCCCUCAUCCCCAAUUGCGCCCUCCAGAAGACCAUCCUCAGCUGGUGCGAGAAGUCCGGCGCUGGCUGCCCGCGCCCCCCUGAUUACUCCUGGGCCGCCGGCCUGAUCCGCGCGAAGAUCUCUCAGCCGAGCAGCUUGAUUAGGCCAUCUGAGAGGGAGCUACUGAGGGGCGUUGCGGAGAAUCCGCCCCUGCUGAUCCCUUACGCGGUCAGCGAGGUGACUCAGCGGGUCAACAGGUUCCACUCGGGUUCGUCGGAGGAGUCAAUGAUGGUUGGGGUCGCGAGCCCUGGGACUCCGCUGCCGCUGACCACCCGCCCCCUCUGCUACUCCUCCCGCUCCUCCUCGGACUUGAGGGAGGACGAAGCCCUGGCCUCGGAACCGGUCCUAAACCCUAACCCCGACGAGGAGGAACUCAUCUCGAAGUUGACGAGUGAGGAGGUCUUGGAGCAGGAGAAGGGCGCAAUUCAGCUGCGCAGGAUCACCCGAUUGAGGGCCGAAUCCAGGUCCCCUCUCUGCACCCGAAGGCUGAUCGCAGCGCUAAAGCCGCUGCUCUCGUCACGGUACAGCUCCGUGCAGGUAAAUGCCUGUGCCUCCAUGGUCAAUUUAUCACUCGAGAAUUCGAACAAGGUCGAGAUUGUGAGGUUGGGGGUCGUCCCACUUCUGAUCGACGUGUUGAAAGGAGGGUCCGGUGAGUCACAGGAGCACGGCGCUGGCGCUCUCUUUAGCUUAGCCCUAGACGAUGACAAUAAGACAGCGAUCGGAGUCUUAGGCGCUCUGCCUCCUCUGUUACAUGCCCUGAGAUCAGAGAGUGAGCGGACUCGGCACGACUCCGCUCUCGCGUUGUAUAACCUGACCCUUGUGCAGAGCAACAGAAUCAAACUGAUCAAGCUAAGUGCCAUCCCGACUCUCCUCGCAAUGGUAAAAUCAGGGAGUCUGGCGAGCCGGGUGUUGUUGAUUCUAUGCAACUUAGCAGCUUGCACCGAGGGAAAGUCUGCCAUGUUGGAUUCGAAUGCAGUUGGGAUAUUUGUUGGGCUAUUGAGGGAGAAUCAGGUGGACUCAGAGGCGAUCCGGGAGAAUUGUGUGGCAGCUCUCUAUGCUCUCAGCCAUGGGAGCUUAAGGUUCAAGGGGCUGGCGAGGGAUGUGAAGGCAAUGGAGGUUCUAAGGGAGGUCGAAGAGAGAGGGACUGACCGGGCGAGGGAGAAGGCGAAAAGGCUGUUGGAGGUGAUGAGGGGAAGAGAAGGCAGGGAGGAAGAGGAUCUGUAUCAGGCUUUGCCGAUGGAGUCGGAUGUGACUUACCGGGCUCGGUAUCGUCCCGGUGGAAGGAACUUGCAUAAUGCAAACUCUACCAAUUUUUGACUCUUCGCACCCUUUGAUCUUUUUAGCGUUGUAGAUUAUCCCAGAAGCUCGAACUGCACAGAAGGAUUCAUGUUGACCUCUGAUUACCUCAAAAACAAUUCCUGGGAGGAGGUUCGCGUUGGAACCGGGGCUUGAUUGGAUGUGUUAUAGCCGUAAUAAGUCGGCUCAUAUUUACUUUGAAUUCUUUUGCCGCUGGUGCAGUUGUCUAUAUAGCAGGCAGCAAACAAACGAUUAUCUUUCACGAUCGACUCUACCAGCUGCAGGGACCUUUAACCGCAGAGGAGAAGGAUCGUGUUGUUCUACCGGUUUAUCGUUUUAUCCGGGUUGAUUUUUGUGGAAUUGUUGUUGAUUGUCGAAGAUUGUCUAUUUGUUCUGUACAUAUUUUUGGAAGAAUCAUCGUGGGGGAACUGUCAAGUUGGUAAUGGAUAUACUUCAUCAUUACAUACGUGCUGUCAGUCUGAAUCUCAGUCGGUGUAACAAAAGCAGACUUUUGUUUUAUAUGGCAAGUCUGUUUAUUUUAUGUUUGGUU